AAAAAGGGGGGGAUGAAAUUUUUUUUGUUGACAGCUAAAUUGGGGGGAGAUAUGGGAGGAAGCCAUCGCGAACGAGUUCCAGCUGCCUUUCGACCGCGAAGAAUUCCGGUUGGACGUGUACGAGACGAAGCCCUGGUGGUCCUCGGCGACGAACCCGUCCAACGAAUUUUUCCUCCCUCGCCCGGAAGAAUCCAAUAUCACCUCCUAUUGGCAGGGCCUGGGGACCCUCCUUCAUCAAACGCCAAAGAGUGUUCUAUGGGGCUACGGCAUGUGGCGAUACGUGAUGGAAUGCUUGCCUUCCAUGGGGGAGAGGCUGAGGUCUCUCCGGACGGAAUUGGAUCGCCUGCUCCUUCGGGUUCCCUCAGUCGACACGGACUUGGAGUGUGCCGAGACGGUGGUUCGGGAGAUGAAUCCCCUGGCGGCCCAUUUGUGGAUCCAGGACCCGAGGGUCUUCCAUCCCGAUUCCCUGACUCAGGUAUCGGCAGCGUUCCAGGAAGGGAAAUCCUUCUUCCAGGAGCGGAUUCGGUCGCAGGAUUGGCUGAGUCGGAGCGAGAAACGCCGCUGGAUGGACUGGGCAAGUCUGCCGUUGUUGGCUCGCUUGCAUCGCGUAGCCAUAAACACGGGGAAAAUUAUAUUUCUGGAGAUGAAGGAGGGGGAGCACUUCUUCUUUGCUCUCCUGACGCUCAGACGAUUCCUGGCGAAGAAGGAGAUGAGGAAAAUCGGCACCUACGACGGCACGAGUUGGGGCGUGCCGAUCCUGUGGGUGAAUGCCUUCUACAACAUGCAACGAAACGUCGUCGAUAACAUCAACAUCGAUACGAAUAGCAUCGGCAUCGAUCGCGUGAGGGAGCACGGAGCGCGCAAAUGGGCACUGCCCACUUUCACGUUGCCAAAGAAAAACGGUGGAGGAGGUGGGGCAGGUGGGGCAGAUGGGUCAUUUGAUCACCUUCAUUGUUUCCUCCGCCAGGGUUUCCCGUUGGAGUCCUGCAAGACCCGUUCUUCUACCCUCAUCCUUCGAAUUACGCUUAUGGAAGCGGAGGAGGAAUUAUUUCGUCGACGGAGAUGCCUCGUGAAUCAGUACAGCCAAUUCCCCCUCAACGGGAACCACGAAUUCGUGAGACUCCCAAAUCCUCUCAUUACGAGCCUUUCGACAGCCGCCUCAUUGCAGACGGUUAUGCCCGACACAAAGGUCGACGGGAACAUGUGCCUGAACGAGAACGCGGCGGAUCUGCUGGGGAUGUCCUUCGCCUGGCAUUCGUUCCAGGAACAUUCCCGGGAGCUUCCUCUUCCUCCCAUCAACGGAAUGACUCCGGAGCAAAUCUUCUUCCUCUCCUUCGCUCAGUCAUCAACUGAGGACGAGGAGUCUGGCUGGAACCCCUCCUCUCAAUGUUGGAUGGAAGAGGGGGAAAUCCUGCGCUUCUCCCCUUCUAUGUCAGUCACGUCUACAUCCCGAAUAUGGCAUUCCGUCCUUAAACCCCAGAAGAAGCGCGAGCAGAUGACGGGUGUGCCGAGUUCUCGUGCCCCUUUCAACUUGGACCCAUUGCGGUUCAUCCUCGAGGCGAACGGGAUCUUCACUCCGGAAAUGGGGAUCCGGCUCUUCGUCCUAGGCUUUCAGAAAUACUGGACGGAUUUCGUGAAUGAGCUCGAUAACCUCGUCAACCUCAGCUACAUCAUCCCCUUCGUUAGCGGCACCAUCUUCCCCAGCCUCCUCGUCAAGACCUCUCACGUCCCCUGGACUCCCAACAUCUUUCAUGCGUUUCGCUGGUGCCGAAGAUUCAUAGAGAGGACGGUGAAGCCCCAGCCGAGGUGGAGGAUUCAACUGAAUGCCCUCUUAGGACCGGUCUGGUGGGCUCUGCGGGAUCCAGAAUAUGGAGCAUCAAUCGAACGUGGAGGAGCCACCACCACCGGGUGUCAUGAGGAUGCCUCUCGUGGACUUGUCGGUAACGCUGAUUUAAGCUUGGAAAUAUCAAAUAAAGGGUUUGCACGUUUUGCUGUGAACUGA